AUGUCGCAGCCCUUGAAAAGGUCAAAAUUAAAUAACAACGAAUCUCAAAAUAUAUUUGUUAAAAAUGAAAAUAGCAUGAGCGUUCAUAACAUUUCGAUGAAUGCAAUAUUGUGUUCAUCUUUAAACUUAGAUAGCAUAUAUAAAUACUUUUCAAAUUGCAUAUAUAACCCGAGGGAGUUCAAGUGCAUGCGCAUUGAUGUUCCAGUGAGUUUAAAGACUGUACAUAAAUAUGUAAAUUAUGUUAAAAAUAAAAGAAAAAAGGAGCAACAGGGUAUAGAGGUGGAGAUUAAUAAGCCGGAAGAUAGUUCAUAUAAGGGGGUAGAUAAUAAUUGUAAGGAAGUAAGUAAUAACUGUGAUAUGCCUUCUGGGGGGAAUACUUCUUUUCCCAUUGAUGAAGGAAAAUGUAGUAUGCCUGACUCUGUACAUGUUAGCAGCACAGCAAAUAUAGCCUCAAGCUCCAAUGCAGAGGUUUCUGCAAGGAAUGACCAUAUUUCUGGUGAAAGCAAUUACAUUAAUUCUGUUAUCGAAAAAAUCAAUGAAAAUUACAAAGACGUAACUGAAAAGCUAGUUAUAAAUGUGUCUAUUUUUUCGAAUGGGAAAAUUAUAUGCACAGGCAAUAAUUCGAUCGAAGCUUGUAAAAUUGCUAUGAAAAAAGUCGAAAAAAAAUUAAAACAAUUAAAUUUUAAAAAUAUAAAACUAAAAAAAAUAACUAUUGCAAACAUCUUAGCUGUGUAUAAUGUGGGCUUCUCAAUUGUUCUACCUCUCUUUGCGCAGUAUUACAAAAGCGUGGACUAUGAUCCCAACGUAUUUCCUGCAUGCAAAGUGAAAAUUGCGCUGACAAAUGAGGACAAAAAAAAUUUAUCUGAAAGGAAGGAGCAAAAUGAGAGCACGUAUGCCUGGUGUAAUGCAAACAAUAAUAUAGACAGUGGUAAGAGUAAAGUGGACAUUGUUUCGGCUAGUAUAUUCUCGACCGGUAAUAUAACCCUAACUGGAGGAAAAAGUUAUGAAAAUUUGCAGAGGUGCAUUGAUAUAUUAUUUCCCUAUUUGAUUAAAAGUAAAUCCCAGCAUUGA